AUGGAAGACGAUCGUAGUCUUAGCCCAGCAAGCAGUGUCUCCAGUCACAACGAACAUGAUAUGGAUCAACAAGAAAUUCGAUUUUAUCAACCAAUGUUCAAUCCACUUUGGUUUCCAUUUACACCAAUACGGAAUUCACCAAUGUUUAAUUCAAUGUCAUUUCAACAACCUACACGUUCGACAACACCGAUGGUUCGACAUAAUUUCAAGAGUAUCGAUGAACUUCUUUCCCCUAUCCCUAAUUCUUUUUGUUCGACUCCCUCGCAACGAAAUGAUGAUACCGGUUACAGUUCACAAUUGUUGUCUGGUUCGUCGCUUUCAUUACGACAAAGUCGCGAAUCGAUCGAUUCUCAUGAAAACGAAGAUGAUUUCGAGAAUGUCAAGCCAACAAGCUCAUCAUCACCAAUUGUUGAUAUGAAAAAGCAAAGCACUGAAUCGAAGAAUAACAAAUCGAAAAAGAUUCGCACUGCUUUCACCGAUCAUCAGAAAUUAAGUCUGGAUCGCUUCUAUGCUACAAAUCGUUAUCCAGAUCCUACCCAAAUGGAAACAUUGUCACGUUUACUAUCCCUCGAAGAGAAAGUCAUUCGCGUUUGGUUUCAAAACAAACGUUCUCGAGAAAAAAUUCAUCCAAAAAACCAAGUAUCCAAUGCAACUGCAGCAAUGACUAUGUGGCAACAAUUUUCCUCAACAUCCAAUUUUCCUCAUGGAAUCUAG